AUGAACUACGACUGGCAGAGAUAUGGUAGGCGUGGUCUUGACCUUACUUCAGCAGCAACCUCCCUUACUUUCAUUGCUGUUAAGGGCACAACCCGACUGGGGUUCUCGGUUGCUCGAGACGCUGCGUCUAGCGUCGCGGGUGUGGUCGCCUCUGCCCUCGAUCGCGUAGUGUUCGGUGGGAGCGAAGUCGCUGCACCCGUCCUAGAAGGCGCAGUUUCCAGUGCUUUCACCUUCGCCGAGAGACUUACUCUUGCUCCCAUCUAUGUCGGGGAGUACAUUUCAUCAGCCUCUCUACGAGCAGCCUAUGGCUCCAUCGAUGUUCUCUCCGCCAUCUUCCCUGGCAGCAGCGAAGCCUCCUUUUCUUUGGCAUCAUUCAUUGACCUUGUAAAACGUGAAUGGGAUCAUCCUGGAUCACACGAGAAUAUCCCAGGGAGAAGGUACGGAGUAACAGAGGUUGCUAGAGCCUUGGUUGCAUGGGUGGCUUUGCAAGGCGUCACCCACGAGUGGCAAGAGCAGAGUUGGUUCCCAUAUCUUCGCGAGAUUCAAUUUCAUGAUCCGUCCACCGGCCCUCAUCUCAAGCGUAUACCUUCACGAGUUCGAGUAACAUCCGACGUGAUAUUCCCGGGGCAUCGAGGACAACUUAUAUCUGCAGACAUCGGAGAGGCACCCGCUAAGUCGCAUACCCGUCCCAGAUCUCCGAGUGCUCUCUCGAGACUGUCAAUGUCGUCCGUGUCUUCCAUUAGGUGGAAAGACUCCCACAUAGAUUUACCGCAAAAGUCUAUAGCUGAGCUCAAGACUAAUUUGCGACGAUUUUCCAAGAUGGUCCUUGCUGGCUAUGGCGGCGCGAGUCUACUCUUUUUCGGGGUUCCCCUUCUGUUGACGUCGCCGUCUCGCAAUUUAAACCCCCCGACUACAAGUAACGAAAAGGAUGCGGAAGAGGCACAACUCCAAAAUGCUGUCAAUGCGGCGGAAGAUGAGGUGGAAGGAAAUUCCUCAUUCCGUGGAAUUCCUUCCGACAAUGUGGAGUACUCCUGGUGGGACAUCUUGAUGGGCAAGCACGACAAGGAAAUUUUUGAAAGGUCGGUGCAUGAGGAGUCAGUAGAGCAGCCAAAUGUACAGGCAAGGGCUCGUGCAACAGCUGUUGUUGGGAUAGAGCGUCAGAUGCCUAGAUUCUGGGUCUUGACCGACCACGAUAGACACCAGGUCGUGCUUGUUUUACGAGGUGGCUUUUGUUCGGAGAGCUAUUCGCCUUGUGCUUACUACGGCUUUACAGGAACAAUGUCACUUAACGAGCUCGCUGUUGAUCUAACUUGUGAUCCAGUAGAAUUUGAGCCCGCGUCCAGCACGUCUCAGGAAGACACUGGAGACAGUAUACCAUUCCCGGGAUCCAUUAGAAGAUCCUCACGGAGGCGUUUAUCUAUUCUCUCGACGACUUCACAUGAUAAGCAGCCCAAAUACCAAGUUCACGGAGGAAUGCUCCGCAUGGCCCGUGUGAUGGGCGAGAUUGGAAAACCAGUGCAUAUCGCUGUCAUGGAUGCAUUGACUCGCAACCCAGGAUACGAACUCAUACUUUGCGGACAUAGUCUAGGAGCAGGAGUUGCAGUUCUCUUGGCCAUGAUGUGGGCAGACCCUGCGACUUGUUUGACAGUGCCUUCAAGUGGCUUACCAGCGGACCGCAACGUAUCCGUCUACUGCAUAGGACCUCCUUGUCUGACGGAUGCUGCGCUUAGCCGAUUGGCGUCGAAGCUGGUCACAUCGUUUGUAUGCUCAGAUGACAUUGUGUCUCGACUAUCACUCGGUUCUGUCCGGGACAUUCGUAACGCAGCCCUCUGGCUGUGUGAUGCAAAUGAGCGAAAUGAUGGUAUAGAAGGAUAUUCGGUUAUCACCAAUAGAGUUAAACGUUGGAAGGCUGGGGAUGGGCCGCCUGAUGAUCUUCAUUGGUUUCUGUCGAUGCGGAAAACCCUCGAGGCAAAUAUGCAAAUGGCUGAUCUAUUCCCACCUGGUCGUGUCUUAUGGGCUGUCAGGGACUGUGACCUGCACCCCUCGCAUCAGUCCCAACAACCCAACAAGGAUCCUGAUCAAACAUUGAGGCUAUUUGAGGUCUUGGACGUCGAGAAAGUAUUUUCUCAAAUAGUUUUCUCAAGAAAUAUGCUUGGGUGCGUCUUGACCUGUGACGGUAAAUAACAUGUUCACGGCCUUUUCUAGGUCACACAUGCCUCAUCGAUAUGACCAGGUUCUUCAUGAGCUGCUUUGACGUAGUUUUCCUCUGCUACUACCACUAAGGGCAGGCUACCGUUGAUCACCUGCUGCUCUUCAUUUAGCCUUUACCCUGCAUUAUAAUUUUCCCUCUCACACGACCGCGCUACGGAAUCGACUGUAGUUCUGUACACUCUACUGUAUAACGGAUUAAUACCCUGUGCUGACUUCCCGCUUGUUCUUGUAUACAUACUCUACGAGGUUACCAUAUUGUCGAGGUACAUAUGGUUGCCAUGAAUUACUAACUUAGUGUUGGACUGACGUGUAUAUC